AUGUGGAGGUACUUAGUUCCAAUUACAUUAUUUGCAGUGUACGUCACUGGACAAGGCGGUCCUAGAUCAGGGGAUGAACUUGUUUCUACAGUUUUAGACAACUGUAUUGAAAUGGACUGUGUUAAACAGAAUGUUCUGGGAUACCUGAAUAAUGUACUCCACAUCCAGAGCGAUGUUCAGAAUACUAAGAAUCUUGACGCUGCUAUCCUCAAAAGAGUACGAAGAGUAUUAGAUACACAUGAAUUCAGACUAAGAGUUCCAGAGCCCAUAUUGGAACAAACCGAUAUUGUUUACAAUCCCAAAAAUGGAUUAGACAUUGUUUCUAAUGAUGCAAGCAAUGAAGCAAGAGGUCUCGGUUUAAAGAAGAAAUUGUUAUUCCCAAUCCUAUUAUUGUUAAAACUGAAGAAAAACUUGUUGCAGCCUCUUUUCAUCAAGCUUAGUCUUAUUAAAGCAACAAAAGCACUAAUUCUGAGUAAACUAGCAAUCAUUAUUGUCAUCGGUUUCGUCGCUUACCAACUUCUUGGAAAAUCAGGUAUGCCUCUACCUAUGAUGUCAAUGGCUCCCGCAGAGCCACCAGCACCUUUGUAUGGAGCCCCACCAGCUCCAUCCCCAGCUCCACCAAGUUCAUAUGAGCCUGGUUGGGAACCGAACACAGGUGGACCUUACCAAAGAGUAUGGACUGUAUCAAAUGAACCAGCACAAAAUUUGGCCUAUUCCGCAUAUUAUCCAGGCUCUUCUGCCAGUUCUUCAACUAGUCGUCCUUGA